UCAUCCGCUCCCUCUCACGGCCCUCUUAAACUCGGGGGACGAGAUCAUGAACCUGUGGACCGACGACAACUCCUCCGUUAUGGACGGCUUCAUAGCCUCCGCUGACCUCCAGGGCUUCCCCUGGGUCCCUCCGCCGCUCUCCUUCAACCAGGACUCCCUCCAGCACCGCCUCCAGGCCCUCAUCGACGGCGCGCGACACUCCUGGACCUACGGAAUCUUCUGGCAGUCCUCCCUCGACACAGACUCCGGCUCAUCCUUACUUGUCUGGGGCGACGGCUACUACAAGGGCUGCGAGGAGCACAAGCGGAAGCACCCUUCUAGGACCGCGUCAUCCCCCGACGAGCAGGAGUACCGCAAGCGGGUCCUGCGAGAGCUCAACUCGCUCAUUUCCGGAGGCGGCUCGUCCGGGGCGGACGAGGCCGUCGAUGAGGAAGUCACCGACACGGAGUGGUUCUUCCUUGUGUCCAUGACUCAGUCCUUCGUGAACGGCUGCGGGCUCCCUGGCCAGGUCUUCUGUGCCGGGAGCCCCUCCUGGAUUGCCGGCGCGGCUCGCCUUGCCGCAGCGCCCUGCGAGCGAGCUUGCCAGGCGCAGUUAUUCGGCCUCCAGACUAUGGUCUGUGUCCCUGUCGGCUCCGGCGUGCUCGAGCUCGGUUCCACCGAUGUCAUCUUGCACAGCGCCGAGAUCAUGGGCCAGAUCCACGCCAACUUCAACUCUCCGGACACUCCACCCGCGGCCGCAGCCGCAGCCGCAGUUGGCGGCGCCUCUUCGUCCUGGUUGACACCGCAAUCUGCAGCAGUUACCUCAGCCCCCGAACUAGGGGAGACCGAUCCGUCAGUGCUUUGGCUGACGGAUCCGUCAGUGGUCGAAAUGAAGGAAUCCGCCACCGCCGACAUGCCCGUCACAAAACCCCCAAUUCAAUUCGAAAACAACCCUAGCUCUAGCAUGCUCACCCAAAACCCUAGCUCUUCGAUCCAAAUCCAAAAACAUCACCAGCAGUUGCAGCACCAGAAUAACCCGCAGAACCAAUCUUUCUUCUCCAAAGAUUUCAAUUUUGCAGAGUUCAGCUCGAAUCCUUCAAUUGCCCCCCAAUCGUUCAAGCCGGAUUCUAGGGAAGUUUUUAAUUUUUCUGGCAGCAAGAAGAAUUCCUCGCCAGCCCCUGCCGCAGGGAGCCUCUUCCCCCAUCCCCAAACCGCUGCCAUCCCCGCUCCCGCAGCAGACAACACGAAGAACAAGAGAUCCACCGGGGCGGUGUCCAGCGUCACCAACAACGAUGAGGCGAUGCUGUCCUUCACGUCGGCUCCUGCGAGACCACCACCCAACGGCCAAUUGAUGUGCUCAGGCGGCGGUGCGAUCCCGGACGGCCCAGAUUCCGAUCAAUCGGACCUCGACGCCUCGAUGCGGGAGGUGGAGAGCAGCCGGGUGGCUGAGCCGGAGAAGCGACCAAAGAAGCGCGGGAGGAAGCCUGCCAAUGGCCGCGAUGAACCUCUAAACCACGUGGAAGCCGAGCGGCAGCGCCGCGAGAAGCUCAACCAACGAUUCUACGCUCUCCGCGCCGUAGUCCCCAACGUGUCCAAGAUGGACAAAGCUUCCCUCCUCGGCGACGCCGCCUCCUACAUCGAAGAGCUCCGAUCAAAGAUCCAAACUUUGGACGCCGAGAAGGAGGAGCUAGAAGCCCAAGUGGAAGCCCUCAAGCUGCAGCAUGCAUCCGCCCCUGCUCGACCAUCCGAGCGCAACCACAAGGCCACGAACGGCGCAAGCAGAUGCCUCGGGGUGGAGUUGGAAGUGAAGAUACUCGGAUUAGAGGCCAUGAUAAGAGUACAGAGCCAAAGAAGGAACCACCCGGCGGCGAAACUGACGGCUGCUCUGCAAGAGCUGGAUCUCGAAGUACACUACGCGAGUGUAUCCGUUGUCAAGGACUUGAUGAUCCAGCAGGCCACCGUCAUGAUGUCGAGCCAAGUGUACACGCAGGAGCAGCUCAACGCUGCUCUCCUCUCUCGAUUGACAUCAUAAUCACAAUCGGGAAAUGCUUUUGCUCGAUCGGUGAAGCUGCUGGAGUAGAGCGAGAUUGAUUGUGCUCUGAAAGUGUUAUUGUACAGUGAAUAACUAGUGACUGAAAUGUGGAUCUCUUAGUUGAGUUGCUGAGAAGUAGCUGCCGGUGAGGAGGCUCACACUCCUUACAAGUAGAACUUUUGGCGCAAGAGUGCAGGGGCCAUUAGGGCAAGAGAACUACAGUGGAAGUUGAGAAUUGUAUCUGCAAGUAGUCGACUGAUCUUUGCUAAAGCUUCUUCCACUUAAUCUUCUAUCAA